AUGGACGACGGCAUCAACUGCUACGUGGUCCCGCAGACCACGGGCACCGGGCGGAACAUCUUCCAGGGAGGCAGCCCACUGCAGGAGUCGCUGCCGCUGCUCGGCGUGCAGCUCGUCCUCAUCGUCGCCAUCACCUGCGUCCUCUACUUCCUUCUCAAGCCGUUCAAGCAGCCCCGCGUCGGCGGCAUCAUACUCGGCCCGUCCAUGCUGUCACGCAGUCCGGCGUUCGAGGAGAUGGUGUUCCCGGCGAGGGGCGACCCGGUGCUGCACACCGUCGCGACGUUCGGGCUCAUGUACGUCAUCUUCCUCAUCGGCGUGCGGAUGGACCCGAUGCUCGUCGUCCGCUCCGGCAAGAAGGGCGUGAUCAUCGGCCUUUCCGGCUUCAUCCUCCCGCUGGCCAUGACCACCGCGGGCUUAUCCGGCGCCACCAUGGUCUCGGAGCCCGACGUAACGAGGCGUUCUACGUUCCUGUUCGCGCUGGCCACGUCGCUCUCGGUCACGUCCUUCGCGGUGCUGUCGCCGAUCCUGUCGGAGCUCAGCCUCCUCAACUCCGACCUCGGCCGCACCGCCAUGUCGGCCUCCAUGACCACCGACGGCAUCGCGUGGCUCAUCAUGGUGGGGUACAUCCUCGCCGAGGCGUUCCUCGUGUCGGCGGUGACGUCGCUCUGGGCGUUCCUCUCGGUGGCCGCGCUCGGCGCGGUCAUACUGUUCGCGGUGCGCCCGGUCGCGCUCAAGGUGAUCGAGCGCACGCCGCCGGGCAAACCCGUGGACGAGAACUACGUCUUCUUUUUCCUCCUCAUCGUGCUCCUCGUCGGGUUCUACAGCGACGUCAUCGGGACCAACUCGUUCCACGGCGCGCUGAUGUUGGGGCUGGCAAUCCCCGAUGGACCGCCGCUCGGCACCGCGCUGGGGGAGAAGAUUGACGCCAUGGUGUCCGGCCUGAUUCUGCCUCUGUACUACGACAUGACCGGGCUCAGCACCGAUGUGUGGUCCCUGCAUUGGGGCAGGCUGCAGCUAGUCGUGCUCCUCGGAUGGUUUGGCAAGCUGGUCGGCGUCAUGGUGCCGUCGCUGUUCCUUGAGAUCCCCCUCCGGGACACCAUGUCCCUCAGCUUGUUCAUGAGCUCCAAGGGCAUCGUUGAGGUCAUCACCUUCACCUUCUUCCUCACCAACAAGCGUCCUGAUAUGCUCGUCGGUGGCGAUCACGGUGGUGUCGGUGCCGGUGGCGGGAUUGCUGUACGGCGCGGCGUGGCACUACGCCGUCUACAAGCGGCGCACACCUUGCAACACCUCAAGCCGGACGCCGACUGCGCAUCUGGCGUGCCUCCACGACGAGUCCCACGCCCCGGGCGCUUCGCGUUGCUCGGCGUCGCAGACGCCAUGCCCCGACGCCCAUCGGCCUCUACCUCCUCCACUCAUCGAGAUCGCGAGCCGCUCCGCGCCGGUGUUCAUCCCGCGACAACCCCGCCGCAACGCUCUCGGAUCGGCGCCCUAACGCGCCGUCCACCGACUUCGACCGCAUCAUCAACGCCUUCUUCCGGCACGAGCUCCGCACCCGGAGGGCGCGGUCUCGUGCACCCGCUCACCAUCUCCCGUAUUCCUCCAUGCACGACGAGUGGCCUCUCGAUGAGCGGGCCCCAGUUCCACGCUGCCGUGGCGGCGCUCUUCUUCGGCGGCGGCGACGACCGCGAGGCCAUGUCCUACGCGCCACCCGGGCGUGACAGUUGCGAUCGUGCCGAUCGGCGGGUGGAUAACCGCGCCAUCGAGGAGGUGAAGGCGCUCGCGGCGAGGAGCAGGAACAUGCAAGUCCGGGAGGAGCUCGUCGGCGACAUGGAGAAGAUCGUCGAGGUGCUGAGGGGUCUCGACAAGGCCGGCUACGACCUAGUCAUCGUUGGCAUGAGGCACAGGUGGUACCCGGUGAUGCUGGCCAACGGGCUGUCGGACUGGAGCGAGUGCCCCGAGCUUGGCGUCAUUGGCGACCUCCUGGCGUCCUCUGACUUCGACACGCCCUACUCGGUGGUCAUCAUGAAGCAGCAGGACCAGGCUGGCCUGAACGCCGCUGUGCCCGGAGCCCAGGACCAGUGGCACGGUGCACUGCCGCCGCCGCAGCAGCCGCGAACCAUGUCGACGGCGGAAUCUAGCAUGUCCAAGCGAUAG